CUGGGUUUUAUAAUAAAUGUGGUGGUGGGCUUUGCUGCAGCUGGAAUUUGUAUCUAUUUCAGGAAGCGUCAUACAGUAUAUCCUGCAAUUUAAUAGAUCCCCUGCUAUGUUAGUUGUAGUGGAAGAAGCUGAAUGAAACCAGGACACUGAACUUUGGUGCACCAAACCCCUGCCAAUAACAGGUUUUCAAAUAACAAACCCACAGUUUACAACAAUGUUAAAAGCCCAGCCUACAAAAAUACCAAACUCCCAGCCAAAAAAAAAUACUAAAAACUUGGCCUACAAAAAUAUCAAACAAACCAGCCUAUAAAAAACUGCAUUUCAAAAUACCAGAACAACCUAGUUUCAAAAUAAUAGGAAACCCAAUUUCAAGGUACACAGGAGCUGAGGGCUGCGGGGCAGAGGGACCGGUUGAGGGGUAAAGGGAGAGGCCUUGAGGGCUGGACAGUCCAGUGGAGAUCAGGGGUACAGGAUACAGCUGUACCACCCCCUCACCCCAGCCCUAACCUCAGCCUAACCAGCUCCCCUAAAAACAGCCUUUUCCCCCAACAGCAGCACAACACAGCAACCCUAACAGCGAGACCAGAGAGCAACCCUCACACACCAGGACAACGACAGAACCCUCAGAGAACAACAGAACCACUGCGGCUAGAGAGCAACAGGUGUUUCUGGGCAUCUAAAGCAUAGAGGCUUUGAAGAUUCUGUGAAGUAAACAGCAUGGAAUACAGGGAGUAUUUAGACUCAUGAUUUUGGCUUUUGUGUUUAGGGGUGGUAAAGUGCAUUUGUAAUUUCUGGUUUUGUUCUUGUUUUGUUUUGUAUUUUUUUUUAGGAGGAGCGCAGCAUCCAGAGAUUCCUGGUUGUGUCAAGUACAACACUUUUUUCAGCAGAUUCAUCAUGUCACAAGAGGGAUCCGCCCAGUGUCAAGGAUGAUGUCUGAGACUGAGGCAUCAGGAACCCCACCCUCUCCUAAUCAGGACCCCCAGCCGACACCAAUCAAGCCUAAUCAGCACCCCCAGCUGAUACCAAUCAAGCCUAAUCAGUACCCCCAGCUGACACACCCCCAGCUGACAGCAAUCAAGCCUAAUCAGUACCCCCAGCUGACACCAAUCAAGCCUAAUCAGUACCCCCAGCUGACACACCCCCAGCUGACAGCAAUCAAGCCUAAUCAGUACCCCCAGCUGACACCAAUCAAGCCUAAUCAGUACCCCCAGCUGAUACCAAUCAAGCCUAAUCAGUACCCCCAGCUGACACACCCCCAGCUGACACCAAUCAAGCCUAAUCAGUACCCCCAGGUGACACACCCCCAGCUGACAGCAAUCAAGCCUAAUCAGUACCCCCAGCUGACACACCCCCAGCUGACAGCAAUCAAGCCUAAUCAGUACCCCCAGCUGACAGCAAUCAAGCCUAAUCAGUACCCCCAGCUGACACCAAUCAAGCCUAAUCAGUACCCCCAGCUGACACACCCCCAGCUGACAGCAAUCAAGCCUAAUCAGUACCCCAGCUGACACCA